GAGAGAUGGGCUUCAGAGUGGAUGCGCGCGUUUCCGGAGCGCAGACGGCUCAGGUGCGCAACAACUGACUCCUAGACGCGCGCAACGGAACGAUGAAUGAUGUUCUGCAAAGUAAUAGAAGACCUUAAUUCGUUGAUUUAAUAUCUCGAAGAGUAAUCAAUAGGAAAGGGAUUUACUCUUACCUUGAAACAAAGAUACAAGAAGGCGAAAGCAGCAGGCGAUCCACAGGAGCGCGGAGGAGACGCACCGCACAGUGACCAUCAACACUGUGUCAUAAUGCAGCAGCAGCGACGCACAGACCUGCCACAGGUCGUUUGAGCAAAGUUUCAAGUUUAUCUUGAGGUGAUAAAAGAAAUCAUGAACUCAUCAGAGUCUGCCUGGCUCCCGGAUGAGCCAUGGAACAUCAGCAGAGCGGAGGAAGAGGACCAGAAACUUUUAUUCGGGAUAGGCACGGAUAACUUCAUCACGCUGCUGGUUUUCGGGCUCAUCUUUACGCUCGGUGUUCUGGGUAACUCCAUGGUGAUCACAGUGCUGGCUCGGAGCAAACCAGGCAAACCGCGGAGCACCACCAACAUCUUCAUCCUCAACUUGAGCAUAGCUGACCUCUCCUACCUGCUCUUUUGCAUCCCCUUUCAGUCCACCAUCUACAUGAUGCCGACCUGGGUACUGGGCGCUUUUAUUUGCAAAUUCAUCCACUACUUCUUCACCGUGUCCAUGCUGGUGAGCAUCUUCACCCUGUCUGCCAUGUCCGUGGACCGGUACAUCGCCAUUGUGCACUCCAGGAAGUCCUCCUCUAUCCGGGUGGCGAAGCACGCUCUGAUCGGAGUGGUGGUGAUUUGGAUUCUGUCUCUGGCCAUGGCAGCGCCCAUCAUGUACUACCAGAACAUAUUUCACAGGGGGGAGAACUACACCUUCUGUUGGGAAGUGUGGCCAGAUCAGAACCAGAAGAAGGUCUACGUCGUUUGUACUUUUGUUUUUGGGUAUGUGCUGCCUCUGCUGCUGAUUACCUUCUGCUAUGCAAAGGUAAGAAACGCUUUUCACAGGGGGUCAAGGGUCAUUUUAUGAAUCUAAAACUGACUGAGCAAUCAAAAACAUCUUUCCUUUAUUUCUUUUGCUUUCAGGUUUUAAAUCACUUGCACAAAAAACUAAGAAAUAUGUCCAAAAAGUCAGAGGCAUCAAAGAAAAAGGUACGUAUUCAGCUGUUUUAAAGGGUGAUAUGUGGUGAUUUUGCUUGUUUAAUGCCAUAAAGGAUAUAGUUUUAUUCAUAGAGGAAUUAAAUAUGGAGGUACAAAGCAGAGUUUCUUACGUUCCUGGAAUUUACUUGUUUGGAAUUGGCCAUUAAUUUCUGUCCUUUUGUGGCAUUGCAGUAUAGUAGAUGUCAUGCAAGAGAUACUAGACUGUGCAGGACUUUAAAAAAAAAAAAGAAGAAAAGGAAAAGGAGCUGUUAAAAUAAUAUUGACUUUUGUGAAAAUACCCCCUUUAAAUACAUUUUCUUGCUAUAAGUAAUCACUGAAAUGUCGGAAUCGACACUAUUAAGAUACAAUAUGUCCGAAGAUGUUAAACAUGAUGGUAAAAUUAUUCUAAAUUCUUUAAUUCUGAAAGGAAAUUACACAAAGCAUGCACCUGAACAGAAACACCCCCCAUAUCUCCACCAUUGCCUUUCAUGGUCCUUUCUUCUCUUGUCGUCUGAUGUCAUUUAAAGCUGGUAUCAGUGCUCUUGACCUUUAGGAAGUCAUACAUCAUGACCGCACUGACCCACAGCGCCACAAACAUACGGGGCCAGUCUAUAUAGGCUUUGCCGUUUCCUCCAAUUCAACAGGCGUAUAUCCAUCAUCUCUGUUAUUUCCUCGAAGCAAAAAAUGAUGGUGUCAGAAUGUCUGCUGUUCACUCACACUCUCGUACAAAAGUGGACAAAUAGCUGUGUGUCAUCAAACUGCCAUUUAAGCCUUCUUGGUGGAGGUCAUUAAGCUCCUCAGAGACAGUUAUCAGCUGCCGUCUGCUUGAUAGCCGACUGUCUGUUCAUCUGUCUUUCCACCCAUGAGCAUGUUUAAUAUGCUUUUAUGUGGACCAUCAUACAUUAGUGCUUUAUUGCGUAAGCUUAAAACAACUGUAGAGAAGAAGAGGAAUCUCAGAUAUGCUGAUAGAUGACUGGUUUCACUGAGCAGCAUAUUGUUGGGUUUAUAGAGAGGAUGUUCCUCUGACAGGCUGGUGAGCAAUGGUGGACAAACAAAGUGUUUAUCUUGUUUGGUAUGCAUAGAAACACAGUGGGAUAGCUUUUAUCUGACCGUGACAUUUAAUGUAUUGAAAAGAACUGCUGUUCUUUAUGCAUGAAGUAUAGGAACAUUAAUCAGGAGAAUCUCAAGCAAUAAAGCUGCAACGUGCACAUUUGCACUGAAGUUUAUGUCCGGUAUGUAUACAGAAAUGUCUUAUAUCAUGAAGAAGAAUGACGCACAGCUUAUCAUUGUGAAGUAUAUGAUGUUUUGGUUUUUGGAAUAAUGAAAAUGCAAGAUUGUUCUCAGCACGAGUGAAUGUUGAGGACUACAGCAUUUCUUUGCCAGGAGCAGUGAUUCCUUAUUGGACACCUGUUGAUCUCACGUUAAAGCCACUAUAAGGGAGUUUAUGACUAGUUAGAAAACAAGUAGAAACUCUUUGGUAAGUUUCUUUGUGACUUUGCAAAGCAGAUCAUCAGCGAUUAGCCCAGCAAUUCCUUCUUUUUUUAAACUUUAUUUUAUUUUCAUUUUCAUUAAACAAGUUAACAAGUUAAGUCCAACAGAGGUAUGUCAGGGGAUGCAAUAUUACUGGAUUGGAUUUCCAGAGAAAGUAAAUUGGCCCAAGACAUAGAAACGUGUCAUGAGAUACCAUAGAAAGUAUUAAGUGUAAGUAUUAAUGGUUAAAAAAAAAGCCUGUCGUUUUCUAUAAAGUUGAUUUCAUGCCUGUGAGUGCUGCCAGGGGCGGUCAGUGUCAAUACACGAUUGGAUGAUACAUUAAAUGGCUGAAAGACUGUUGGAUUGUCCCAAAACACAACUUUGGGAUGCACAGGACGAAUUAGCAAAGUGGUGAAAAGCAUCUCUUUGUCCACAGUUACUCACCUAAGCUUUAAAAGAUGAGAAUAAAGAUAAUUUCUUGAAGAUAUAACAGCUUUAAGAACAAACAGGUUUUGGGAGGAGGAACUUUUUCAGGUUGAGAGCGGUCAUCAACCACUCAGUACAUUUACAUGUUGUUCAAAGAAUUGAUUUAUUACCUCAGUCUGACUGAAACUAUACUUCAAUAAAAUCAUGAAAUGGUAGUCUGACUAAAAUGGCACAUAACUGAACUUCUCAUAGUUGGACUAAUAAACCUGGAUUAUGCAGAUAGGGACUGAUCGUCUCUUCCAUGUUUACAACUAAUUCAGAUUAAAACUGGCCCAAACGUUCUGUGCACACUCCAGUGUUUGCAUCCUUAGCUUUGAGCAGGAAGUUAAAUUGCGGGAAUGGUAGUGAGCUAGGGAAACAAAACCUUCACAGACGAAGAAAGAAUAUAAAAAGACAGAACUUUCCGAUCAGACAUGCUGAAAGGGGGCAAAACGCCACCUACUGUAGUGGAGGUGGUCAUGUUUCUAUGCUAGUAAACUUGGAGAAGGACAGUCGUCCAGUAAAUCACCAAAUCAAGGUAUGAGCAGAGUUCAACUUCACUGUGCAUGUGCUUUUAUCGCUUUUUUUGGUGACGGUUCUUUCAUUUCUCUAUGGUGUGUUGGAGCUGUGAAGGUCCUGGCACAAUAAAGCCAAUUAGUGUAUUUCCCAGAAUUCAAACCAAAUUGUAAACUAAACCAAACUGAGUUAUCCUAAUGAGGAAAAAAGUUGUCUAUCUGAAUCAGAGUAUUUUUGUCCAUUAAUAAUGAGGCUCAUUUGAUGUGCUGUCUGAGCGCAUUAGCCAAUGUGACACAGAAGCAUGGUGUAAUUUUCACAGAUGAGGAAAAUCAAAUAAGACUACUUAAGGAUCUGCAGUGAGUCACGGUGUGUCUUUGCAGAAAAGUGGAGGUAAUUUCCUCCCUCAAAAAAAGUGUUUAAUAAAGAGUCUUUGGAGCCCACUCUGGUCUAAGCAGCAUUACCACCAGCCUUGUUAAAUAUAAUGUCAGUGACAGCUGGGUAGACCAAGGUUACUCCCACUGCUGCUGUGAAGUCCAGCUACACAGACUUCUUAUCACCCCUCAGCCUUCCACAGUAGGAAUCAGAUGAAUUUAAAUAAGUCAAAUCCCCCAAAACAAGAGCUUAAUCCUUCUUUAUCUGUAAGUCUUUUAAGCAAACGAGGAACAGACCUGCUGUUAUAAAUCUCAUUUUCACUCUGCUUUUAUACAGUGGACAGACUACAAAAAUCUGAAAUAGCUUGUUUUAUAACUCCUGUUUAAUUUUCUUGGCAGCAGCAGAGUGCUGGAAUUGAUUUUUCUUGGCAAAUAACGAUUUUUUUUUUAAAUCAAAUUGUUGGUCUUAAACCACAGGUUAAAAAGACAGCAAUUAAUCUACGUUCUAAAUGAUUUAAGUCAGUGAGGCAUCCAGACAGAAAAUUGAAAUCUAAUAUUUUAACAUCCUAUGUAAACAGAAACUGGGAGGAUAAUUUCUUCAUGACUCGAAUAAUCAUGUUUCACAGAAAUGCUUAUCCGAGAGUUAGUAUUCCAGAAGUAUACAACAACACAGAGCUGUUUCUCAAUGGCUCUGAAAGCUUAUUUUAUACAUCAAAAUCCAGCUGAAGACAUUACACCUGCAUUAGGACGAGUCCUAAAGAAUUAAGUACAUUGUUGAAGUUGACUGACUUCUUUCUCCACUUUCAAUUUUAGUGAAUGGGAAGUGGGGGAUUUCCAAAGUAACCUUCUCAGGGGGCUUUUUAUCUGUAUUCUUGGGGAUACCUGUGGAAAUAAGGAGUAAUUUCAUGUUAAUGUUUAAUUGCUUCUUAUACAGGAAGGCAGAUGCACCUAAAAUGGACUAAGAGACACAGCAAUAUGUUUGAAUAAGUAUGUAGCUUCUCAGGCAUAAACUAUAACUUUAGAAGUUACAAAAUGGUCCUCUGAAGGGUGCAUACUGACCAAGAUAUGACUGAAUGAUGAUUUCAAUUUAAAAGCAAACAGAAGGAAGCGAAAACUAACUGAAGUAAAAUGAGCAAAGUCUAGAAUGAAAGGUUGAUGAUUGCAUGCCAAGCAAUGGUAGUGGUGGUUCACCGGCAUGUGUCUUGGCAUGGAGAACUGCCACCAUAGCCAGUCAGAGUGGAUAGGAGUUAGCAAUUUUACAUAAUGGAGACUUUUGCCUCGAGGGAACACUUAAAAGGGUGAAUUUUUUGCCAUCACUGUGGAGUGAUUGUUGGUUGGAUUUUACAAUGUAAUUUGGGAUAAUUCAUUCUGGGCCCUGCUGUCGAACACUGUAACUGGCUGAGGCAGCUGGGCUAACAAGAAAGCUACUGGCUGAGGCGAAAUCACUUUCAUGAAGUACAAGUGUAACACUACUUCAACACUACUUUUUGGGCAUCAGAAGAUUACGAUUCUCAAAGAGCCCGAGGUGUGGGUGAAUGAUUCAAAGACAACAGAUAUGGUUUUGUUUAAUGUUUUGUAUUGAAGAAAUAUUUCUAAAGAAUGAACAACAGAAAGAAAACAAAACAGUUAUUGCAAAUUAACAAUGAUGGAGGUUUUGGCCAAGAGGAAAGGAAAAUAAAACUCGGAAUUAGUGCCAACCUAGUUCCAGGGAUAAAUAAUAAUAAAAAUACCCCACAAUCCAUAUGUUCAACAAUUCCAUGGGGUUAGUUCGCCAUCUUGUUGGGUUGAAUGUAGCAGUACUGGUUGAGUCAAUAGUGAUGAUCUAUGAUUCCUGACAAAAAAACCUGACCUAAAAAAAAAGGCUGAAGCAUAAAUGAAUAUCAUUUUCAUCAAAAGAAAAUUCACUAUUUUUAAAGUAAACAAAAGAAAUUCAAUACAUGUAUUACACGCAAGAAAUACAUCACUUAAUCUUCAAUAUUCAAACAUUUUAUCCCAACAAAAUAUCAAUAAUUCAAGUAAAAAAAGGAGUCAAAGUGCACUUUUCCAAAAUCAUAUUGUUAUAUAGUCAAGCGGAGAUAAGUAAACAAAUCUGUUGUUAAUCAUCCGAAUUAUUCCAUGAUCGCGUUCAGCCACAACUAAACCUCAUUGCAGUUUAGCAGUAUCUACACAAAAAAAUGCCAAAGCACAGUGUAAUGUUUCAUUAUUAUGUAGUGUUGUGUCUUAAAUUGUAUUGCAUUAUUUUGCGCUGCAUUGUAUGUAUUGUAUAUCCUGUUAUGAAACUUUUUGGUGGUGAAGAAGUACAUUUCUAGUUGACUGUUACGUCCCUUUUUUGAUAACAAAGAAAGGAUAACACCACAACAAAAGAAAUUGACAGGAGUUGGAGAGGACAUGAAAAAAAAGUCAUUUUUUAUUUUUAACUUAAAUAAAACAACAAAGGUUUUCAAAAUGUGCCGGAGGAUAGGGCAGAGAGUCUGUGCCAAUUCAAAUUAACUAUACAAUAUACAGCCUUUUUUCAGAAAGCCUGAAUGAAUUAGCAUCUGAUUUGUCAAAUAUUGGCACAAAACAAUGUCACAUCUCCACUUAUAUCUGGCUAAACGUGGCCAAAGUAAUUACUGCAACUGUUCUCUUUGCAGCUGAUCCAAAAAUGCGUCAUUGUGAUUUUUACAUGGACUUGUAACCUCUCGAUAAUGGAAGUAUAGAAAUGUUGUGCAGUGACAAAAAUGAGAGCAUAUAACAACAAAGUGGCUGAUUCUGGCUCUGAUGUUUUGGUACCAAGCAAAAAAGGAAGCUAGCGCUUUAAUUCAUUUCCACAGUACUGUACUUAUAGGCUAUAGCAAAACAGGGUUGUAAAAAACAUUGAGAGUGGGAAGGAGAGGCUUUGAGGCUCGAGUUUUAUGAGUUUGUCCUUCCUGUGCUGAUGCUGAUGUUUGUACAGGCCAGAGUGAUGGCUCUCAUGGGGGUGGGGUGAAGAUAUGAAUGUGUUGUGGAGGCUAUCCAAACAAAGAAUGGCUGAUAGACACAGGCAGAGGCUCCAACUCUUCCAAGAAAACUGUUGAAACCUCUGCUGCUUUAUUGGGUGCUAGUGUUUAUGUGCUUGUGUAAUUAUGUGUGAAUGUGCGAAGUGGAUGAGCUAAUAUCAAAGACCAGGAUUCACCUUCAUUUUAAAUAUGAUAAGUUUUCUCUAAGAUGACAGUCAGGCACAAUUUUCAUUUGUAAACAGUGUUUUUAGCUAAAUGACAGCUAUGCACAUGGACAUAGUAGUGCAAAGCUGUCAAUUUACUCAUAGCACAUAACAAGGACGUCAGCUUCUGCCUAGAGCUCUGCAGGCCACCUGAUACAAAAUUUCAAUAUUAACUCUCCUGUAAGCUCUGACAGGUGUUGAACAACUCUUGAGAGAAAUAUGUGGAUAACUUUCACAUGUUCAACAUCCAGCCAAUCAGCACACAUUUACUCAACAAAUACUGUCAAAAGUACCAGAAUUGUGGUUGUCUUAAUGUAUUAUUGUGUAUAAAUGCAUUAAAAAUACUAUAUAAAUAAGUGUAUGAGAGACAGCAGCAUAUUUAUGUAAAUUGUUUAAAUCUGAAGACAUGCUGACAAUCUUAUAUCAUGGUAUGAGUAAUUUCAUAUCACGGUGAAGGUAGAUAUCAUGGUAUGUUUUUUCCCCCUGUGAAUUCAAUUAAUGCUUAAAAAUAACAUACUGUUGCAUUUGUUCAUUUUCCUUUUACUUUUAAACCUGGAUUUGUAUACAAAUGCAAACAAAAUGUCCAACCAGUCUGGCAAUUUUUUAUCAUAUAGCAUACCUUUGGCGAAAGACUCUGCCAAGCCCUUUUGUAUGCGAAGAGUUGCUGCUGCUUCAGUUUUUGGUGCAGUGGAUUCGCCAUACAUCUUUUGGUUUUCAUAAUAGAGCUUGGCGUGUUUCAACUUUAGGUGGUGGAAGAGGUUGCUGGUGUUUCCACCUCCAGCAAUGACAGCCAAACGACACUCUUUGCAUAGUAUUGUUUUUUGAUCAUUGUCGGAUUUUCUAAAUCCGAGGAAUCUCCAAACAACCGAUGUCGCGACUCGCGCCCUCCUCCUCCUCUUCCUCAUGUUGGCUGGGUCGAGCUGCCUCUGUUUGCUCGGUACUGCCACUAAUCUCCGCGUACUUCAUGACCACCACCAGUGAAGCUGUUUCUUCUUCAUCGAAACUGCCGAGCAGUCUGCUGGACACGCUGGUGAUUAUAGGGUGCGCACCCAAACCUGAUCAAUCAAACGGAGUAAAUAAACUCCGUACAAUUAUACGGAAACGCACCCAAUUGGCUGCGCUCCAGCUUUCCUGUUAGCAAGCGCAGACAACUAAGCACUGACUCAGAGAAAUGCAGCAGACAUCUGCUCUCUCUCUCUCUCCGGUAUUAACGGUACAGCAAAAUUUCUACCGGGAGACACUUAUAUACAUCACAUGUUAUAUACCGUCAUACCGCCCGACACUAUUGGACAGGAUCCAGUGUAAACUAACUUCUUGUGUGCUGUGUCCUGGAAAAACAGGCUGUGAAUCUGUAUUCACUGUGCUCUUUAUGUCUGCAUUAUUCACAAUGUAUAAUGGAUGCCGGCAAAUCUUUAUGAAAAUCUGCAGAGUUGAUUGUUGGUGGUACUUCACCACUACUUAUAUUUCACCUCUGUGAUACCUCCUAUUCUUCUGGCUUCCCAAGGGCAGUAUCAUGAUGUACUGUUAUGAUGUAUGUUAGUUUGAAUGUAUCAAACUGAAUUAUUUUUGCUGAAUGGGAUUGAGCAUUUCUCCAUAUGUAUUCAGAAAGCAACAGAGCAUGCUGUGGACUCAUAUGCCCAUCCUAUUAUCUCACUAAUAUGCUCUCCAUAUGGCAGAAAAGUACUGCACCAAGGAUGCCAGUGAAUGACAAUAUACUGUGGACACUGAAUUAAGAGGAAGUUGAAUCCAUCCAGUCUUCAAAGUGGCCUUGACUCUGCCGCUAUCAUCUCUCAGGGUCUUUGAAGUGAUGUGUAACCUGGAAGGGUUUAAAAGAAAGUGUUCGGCCAAUCUGUUAUCAGAAAGUUUCUUUGUUUCCUUGUGUUCUUUCUCCCAAAACUUUGUAACCACACUUUAUGAUAUAUCACAUAAAAUUCACAUAAAAAUUAAGAUACAGUAUUAUGUUGGAUUGAGAAAAAGUUCAAUGGAUUUCUAGAAACUAAAUAAAACUGGUCAUCACAUCAUGUGGUUAUCAUAGCAACACUUCAUUUCACGUUAAUUCAACAUCAAUCAUGAUAAGUCCGUGUCUGUAAAUGUCACUUUAUGCUAAUUCUUCCAGGAUAUUAUUAGUUCAGCAAUGCUGAGUGUUAUGCCAUAAUUUGACCAGUGUUCCUUUUGUCAUCCUAUCCGUGACAUUUCCAGUUCAAUAAACAUCUGCAUUUCAAUUGGUUACAGAUGAGUCUUCAGAUGUUUGACAUUUUGUCUUUAUUUUUAUGUUUCUUUGAAAAAAAAAAAGUAUGGAGAGCAGCAUUUUAGAUAAAUGACAGCCUCCACUGAGUUUUUCCCAUGAUGAGAAGUAAUUAGUUCUGGACUCUGAAUCCACUUGCUGGCCUGAAAGGCAGUAGCGGGGGUCUGUCGAUCAGCAGUAUGUAAUUGUUUUUUUACGAUGGCUCUCUCAAGCUGAAACCUUUGGCUUUGCUAGUCAUGCCCAAAGAAAUUUAGUGCUUCUUAGAAACCAGCUGACAUACAAAGUUGUCUCACUUUACUUUUUAUUGUCUUGCAGGAGACCCGAUUAUUUAUAUGUUUUUGCAGUUAAUGUCCCCUCUUUACCAGGCAUUAAAGGGAUAUUCCGGCGUGAAGUUAAUUUAUGGUCAAGCAAGCGGUUGGCAACGUUCAUCUCUUGAGGGGGUGUCUAACUUGGUGUUAUGGUGUGUUUGACCCUAACUUAAUUUUAAGCCGGAAUAUCCCUUUAGGUUGUGGUCAGCCUUUUUCCUAAAUUAACUGCUAACUUUAAGUUCCUCUGUUUAAGUGAUUGGUUUGUCAUGCGUACCAAAAUCACAGGCUGACAGGUUUGAGGCCCUGCAAGCCUGUUGAAUGGACGGAGAGGUCUUUCCAUUGUUUUCCUUUCAGCCACAAGUCUGCCACGUCAUCUUUGCAUGUAGUAGGUGUAUAAGCAACUGCACUGUGUCCAAUUCGAACAUUAGAGUCAUGGAAAUACUUACAGGAGCAGCAGUUGAAUAAAUAGUCAGCCCUUGAAUACCAAUGAUAUGAAGCUGCUCAAUGUUUUAAACAGCUAUUGUUUCCAAAAAGGCUGAAUGAAGUUGACAUUAAAUGAAAAUUGGUUGACCGAGGGUGCCGCUUUGGCUCAGUUGGUAGAACAGAUGGCCCAAAUCAAGAGGCCACAACCCUCCUCCCACAGGUCACUGGAUUACCUCCCAGUCCAAAUAUGAUUUGGUGCACAUCGUCUCUCACUCUCUCAGGCUUUUCUAUCCAAAAAAGGACAAAUCCCUUCAAAAUAAGUUGCAUUAUAUUAUCAAUGGAUUAAAUUACUGUGUUCAGUUUGAAAGGGCUCAGCCAGAACAAAUCCAACGAGAAGACCGCAAUUUCCACCAGCUUCAAACAGCUGUUGUUCAUCUUUCAGCUUUUUGGUUGAUGACUCACAACUCUGUUAUCGUCCACCUUUGCUUUGUGGCUGUUUCAAACCUAAAACCUGAUACUUCCUCCACACCGGUAUUAACAGAUAGGCAUGAACACCCCUUUGCUGCUGAAAAUACUACAUCAUUUUUUCACUGCUUGUUAAAUAAAAACAACCCAGAGCUGGAAAGAGUGUACAUUUUGGACAUGCAUUGGCCAAAAACACUCUCCAAAUGAUAAUGCUGUUGUUGCAACUUUUUGUUUUUUUUUUUCAUUUUAAAAUGUGAAAAUGGACAAUAUUUCGCUCUGCUGAAAGUGGAUAACACAGCUGUACUGUUGGAAAAAAUGAGGGAGGGGUGGGGUUGCUUUAGGCUAGUAUUUGUAUGGAACUGAAUGGUGCCAUAUGUAAGUCGUCCUUGGACACAACUGCAGAAUUGAAAGUGAAUUAUUGUUGUUACAGCAUAGGCACUCAGCCGGAUUGAAGAACAUAUAUACUCAGUCUAUACCGAUGCACUGAGCAGGUUUUCUGAAAGAACUGAGAAAGUGAAUUAACACUGAGUUGAACUGUUUGCAAUUUACUGUUUCACAGCAAUGCUAUGCUGCUUUCUUUGUGUAAAAAUCAACUAAAGUAAUAAUAACUUUAUUUUUAUAGCACUUUUAAAUACAGAAAUUUACAAAGUGCUUCGACAAACAGUUGCAAAGCCCAGAACAUCAGCACGUGGAAAUAAAAACAAAAGCACAGUUAAAAACAAGGCGUCCGAAUUGAAGACCAAUUCCAUUUGUCAUGAGAAACCCAGACAAUACAAAAACCCUACAACAUAAAAUGAGACCAUGAGGACCAAAAAAAAAAAAAAAAAGAUAAAAUAGGUAAGAAAAAAAUGUAAUAAUGGGAAACAGGAUAGUAAAUAUAGAAAGAGGAUAUUAAUAAUGAUAAUAAAAUCAUAAUAAAAUAAAAAAUGGUAAUAUGAAUGAUAAAAUGAGCAGGAAAAAACAAUUAAAUCAAUAAGGGGCCUAAAAAGUAAAAUAAGAAAAUAUUAUAAGCAAAACAAACGCUAAAAAGGGCAGUAAGUCGAAAUAAGACAGGGGUAAAGGAGAUAAAAGAAAAAAGAGAAAAGAAGGCAUUACAUAAAAGCAAGUCUGUAAAUGUGAGUUUUUAAAUUUGACUUAAAAGAAGCGACUGUCUCUGCACGCCCUGUCUCUUCAGGCAGGUCGUUCCAAAGUCGAGGAGCUCUGAUGGAGAAAGCUCUAUCACCUUAAGUUUUGAGCCUCAACUUUGGAAUGACCAAGAGGCCUUCGCCAGAGGAGCUGAGGCUGUGAGUUGGCUCAUAAGGUAUUAAAAGCUCUGAAAUGUAGCUCGGAGCAAGUCCUUUGAGCACUUUAAAAGUAAUCAAUAAAAUCUUAAAAUCAAUUCUAAAACUGACAGGAAGCCAGUGAAGGGAGGCUAAAAUUGGAGGCUAAAGUAAAGCACUAAGUGGAAAAAUCUCCUAAAAGAAACUGUCAUUUUGGUUACUCAGGUGUACAAAGCAAUAGUUAGAUCUACUUAGUCAUUAAUAACUGUAUUUUAGUUUUUUCAAUGUUUUGAGUAUCUUAAAUAAUUUACUAUUGACAGAUGUGUUUUUAUCUGUUACUAAUCUAGACUAUCUUUCUCUCCCCUCUUCUCUCUGCUCCUGAUCUAUGCCUCUUAGACCGCUCAGACGGUCCUGGUGGUGGUGGUGGUGUUCUGCCUCUCUUGGCUCCCUCAUCACGUGGUUCACCUCUGGGUGGAGUUCGGGACCUUUCCUCUGAACCAGGCCUCCUUUGUUUUACGAGUGGCGGCCCACUGCCUGGCUUACAGCAACUCAUCUGUCAACCCGGUCAUCUACGCCUUUCUGUCAGAGAACUUCAGGAAGGCUUAUAAACAGGUGUUCAAAUGCCAGAUUGGUACCAGUGACUCACCUCUGAACGACAUCAAGGAGAUCCGCAGCAAAGCAGACACGCCCCCCUCGACCAACUGCACCAACGUCUGACUGGUUGUACAUUGAUGGUGACAUGAAAACUCAUUACAGUGACCGUCACACAAUUAAAGUAACUCUGCAGGGACAGAACCAUGAGACAGAACCGUGUGUUUGUGUGGACUCUUCUUUGUAAUGUUUGCUUGGAUAUUGCUUCAGCUGAACUAUUCCACAUGAGCGCUGUUCAUUAAAGGUGGACUUAAGAGGAAAGAGGAGGAUGUGAUUACUCCCUCUUUGAUCCGACUCUGUUCCCUGCUUCUCUUCCGUUGUUAUAAAAAUCUGUGCAGCCUGAACUCAGGAAAUUGAACCUCUCUGUAAAGUGAAACUCAUUACGUUGUGGACAUUAUGUAUAAAAGUCACAUUGCAGUGUGAUUCCUGCCCAGUGCAUACAAAAGAGGAAGUCAAUUUCCUUUGACACGUUAAAAUUUUACAAAUCUCAGUUAGCAGGCUCGAGGGUGCUGAGAUUAAGACAGAAAAUUAGGUCAAGUGCUGCUCUGAAACUGUCAUCGAUUUUUCUACAGAAAUGGACUCUAAUUAUCAGUCGACCUUUUAGAGUGUUUCGCUGUACAGCCAUAUUGUCAAGAAUGUACAUGUCAUAAAUUUUGACUAAUUAUAUGUUGUAAGUAAGCUUGACUGUUGAAUGUACAGUAAAAUUGCAGUGAACUGGUAAAAUUACCCAGUCGAAUUGGAGUCCCUCAAGGCUGUGCAGGUUUGUCCUGUUUCUAAAAGAACUAGUUUCCUGCAAAUUCUGGAGAAAUUUGGAAACAAUGCAGACAGAGUGUGGAAAUCUUCUCAGUAAUGGGGAGGCUGAUGAGAAAGUCUGACAAUGUUCUCACUCCACUGUGUUUCUGCGGGCUCCUGUGGUCUCUGAAACUCUUUCUCUUUUUCAGUACUCACUGCACAGACCAAAGACGAUGACCCCUUCCUGUUUUCCACUUUUCUGGCUUUGGGUACCAUUGCUCAGCAGAUGUCUCUGAUUGUUGCCUGUGAAACAUGACCCAUUCACUGGGAACAGUUUGUGCUAAUCAGCUUUGAUCAGUCAGUAUGUUUACAUGCUCAGCCUAAUGCAUCUGUGAUUCACUACGACCAAGCCGUACCAGCUAUGCUAACUGAGUGGCCCACUAUUCACCCCACAUAAAUCUGAACACACAUGCUGUCAUGAUGCCAAAACACUGAAAUGACAGAUUGAAAUUUCACAAAACACUAUUUCCCAUGCUGACCAGUGUGAAGAAGCUUGCUUUGCAGGAGUGAGCAUCACUGAGAAAAGUUGAUGGGAGGAAUUGGUGCAUGAACCGCAUGCCACAUUAGAAUUUUUGGUGUAUGCACAACACACGAUUUGAGAAUGUAAUGUUGAGUUAUAUGUACGCAGACUGAAGAGACUUGGUUGGAACAUUACAAUGGCUGUGUCGUUUUCAUUAGCCUCCUUUAUCUGUUGAGGUUUUGUCUACCUCCCAUCUUUCUUUAAUGCAAUGAUGCUGUUUGAUUCCUGCACAGGGUCAAUAUGGAUCAGACUGAGGAGUAUACAUGCAACAGAAAAUCAACACUUAGCUGCAUUAUCUAGCAGAUAUGUUAGACCAACUGUGUUAACUUUGACUUGGUGGUAUUUCCAUCAGACUAAUGUGUUAACAUGUAUUCUGAAAGUGCAGUUUCAGUCAUACUCACACGGUAAAUUGAUUCUUUUCAUAGCACGUAAAUGUACUUUCUCAAAACCCUUGUUUUUCUACCAACCACCGGUUCUGAGUUAGCAACAAGGUCUCUAACAAGGUCUCUAACCAGUCUCACUGGCUUUUUCAGGUUUGGAAUAAAUCAGACAGUUGUUAUUCAACAUUUUCAAGAGAAGAGCUUUAUUGUGGACAAACUAAUCAACUAAAUGCAGCAUUCAAACACUAUGACUAUUUUGACAUAGAUAUUGGUAGUUUGAAAAAAUAAAAUAGUUCUCUCAAAUUUAUUGGUUAAUCAGAUUUUUAGAUCUCCUAAUGCUGAAAACAUACAGGAUCUGUGUUGAGUGCGUUUCGUCAGCAUCACAUAUCAACAGGUUGUUUAUCUUUUCUGUGGUCUAUUUCCUGCCAAUUUGGAUAUAAUUCAGUGACUGUCGAGACUCUACUGUACGUGAAAGGCAACGUGAUUUUACAGUUUCGGUUGUUUAAUUGAGUAAACUACAAAACCCAAUUCCAUUGAAGUUGGGAAAUUGUGAAUUUCAUGGCUGCAACACGUGCCAAAGAAGUUGGGACAGGGGCAUGUUUACCACUGUGUUACAUCACCUUUCCUUUUAACUCAAUACAUGUUUAGGAACUGAGGAGACUAAUUGUUGAAGCUUUGAAGGUAGAAUUCUUUCCCAUUCUUGCUUGAUGUACAGCUUCAGUUGUUCAACAGUCCGGGGUCUCCGUUGUCGUAUUUUCACACUUCAUAAUGCGCCACACAUUUUCAAUGGGAGACAGGUCUAGACGGCAGGCAGGCCGGUCGAGUACCCGUACUCAUUUACUACAAAGCCACGCUGUUGAACACGUGCAGAAUAUGACUUGGCAUUGUCUUGAUGAAAUAAGCAGGGCGUCCAUGAAAAAGACGUUGCUUGAAUGGCAGCAUAUGUUGCUCCAAAACCUGUUUGUACCUUUCAGCAUUAAUGUUGCCUUCACAGAUGUGUAAGUUACCCAUGCUUUGGGCUCUAAUGCACCCCCAUACCAUCACAGAUGCUGGCCUUUGAGCUUAACGUCGAUAACAGUCCGGAUGGUUCUUUUCCUCUUUGGCCCGGAGGACACGACGUCCACUAUUUCCAAAAACAAAUUGAAAUGUGGACUCGUCAGACCACAAAACACUUUUCCACUUUGCAUCAGUCCAUCUUAGAUGAGCUCGGGCCCAGAGGAGCCGCGGUGUUUCUGGAUGUUGUUGAUAAAUGGCUUUCGCUUUGAAUCGUAGAGUUUUAACUUGCACUUACAGAUGUAGCGACCAACUGUAUUUACUGACAGUGGUUUUCUGAAGUGUUCCUGAGCCCAUGUGGUGAAAUCCUUUACACACUGAUGUCGGUUUUUGAUACAGUGCAGCCUGAGGGAUCGAAGGUCACAGGCAUUCAUUGUUGGUUUCAGGCCGUGCCGCUUACUUGCAGUGAUUUCUCCAGAUUCUCUGAACCUUUUGAUGAUAUUAUGGACCGUAGAUGUUGAAAUCCCUAAAUUCCUUGCAAUUGUACUUUGAGAAACUUUGUUCUUAAACUGUUCGACUAUUUGCGCACGCAGUUGUUCACAAGGUGGUGAACCUUGCCCCAUCCUUACUUGUGAAUGACUGAGAAUUUUUGGGGAAACUGCUUUCAUACCCAAUCAUGGCACCCACCUGUUCCCCAUUAGCCUGCUCACCUGUGGGAUGUUCCAAAUAGGUGUUUGAUGAGCAUUCCUCAAAUUUCUCAGUAUUCUUUGCCACCUUUCCUAACUUCUUUGUCACUUGUUGCUGCCAUCAAAUUCUAAAGUUAAUGAUUAUUUGCAAAAAAUAAAAUAAAGUUUAUGAGUUUGAACAUUAAAUAUCUUGUCUUUGUAGUGUAUUCAAUUGAAUAUAGGUUGAAAAGGAUUUGCAAAUCAUUGUAUUCCGUUUUUAUUUACGUUUAUCACAAUUUCCCAACUUCAAUGGAAUUGAGUUUUGUAUGUUCCUUUAUGCUGUGCUGUUACGUUCAGACAGAGUUAGCAGUUAAAAGUCCUGUUGGGGUCCACAUGGAUUAGGGAUCAGCUAUCAGAUUGUUCUGUUACUGAUUAAUCCAAACCAGGAAGUAUUUCUCAUCUACAUGACCUGAUACACGGCCAGGAGUUCGCAUAUGGUGUUUUAUUUUGAAAUACUGGAUGACAUGCACGGUUUUCUUGCUUUACAUCCAGUCUAGAAUGAUCUUCUCUGUGUAGAUUGAUAUGCAUUGGAAGCAUGGAGCCGAGAAAAUAGACCUGGCGUGUAUCUUUAGCAGAGCCGCACUCAGUAUGAUUCUGAUAUGGAGCUGCGACAGAGCAAAUGCAUGUCCUGUAUGUGAUGCUGCACUGAUUAGAAUGGCAACCUAUUUGCUUCAUGAUACGUGACGCUGACAUUACACCCCAAAUACGGAUCCUGUAUGUUUCAGUCUUAAGAAAAGAAGCACCAUUACUGUGAAACUCAAUAUGAAACCAUUGUUUUACACUGUAUAUGCACACUGAAACAAAUAUCCACAUCCUUGUAAGGUCAUCGCUGUAUAUUUGGUUGUUGUGCUAUGUUGACAGUUUUCAGGUUAUGCUGUGUGGUAUGUUUGAGUCCUGCAGUAUAAAAUAUAAAUCUGUGUGGUUGGUUUGUACCUCUCUCGCUGUGAUCUGUAUGAUAUAUCUAAAGAUACAUCUAUACGAUGGACACAAUCACUCAAGAUCCAGCUGAAACAAGAACUCAAAGGCUGUAAAUCAAGUUUUUUAACACGCCAAGUCUGUACACAAUUUACCUCCGCAAGAAAACCUAAAAAGAAAAACAGCAGUUUCUAACAGCUGAGGGAUGCAUCUGUUUUCUAUGAAUUCAUCACAUAUUUCCAGCCUGGAGUUAUUUACUGUUCGUCAUGGAGGGGAACAAGACUGCUGUAGGUUUUAACGGCACCAGCUGGUCAACAGUAGCUUCAUCUGGCGAAGAGAAACUAAUCAAUGUAAUCAGAAGACUCUCAUCCUCCAUGCCAGCGAGGACCUAGGGACUAAGUCAAUGAUUAUUCCCACACAGCAGAGGAGGAGGAGAAAUUGAUGACUUUGCUCUCUUUAGCACCAACUGUGAAGGCUCAUUCACACCCACACAGGACUGAGAAUGCUCCUUUUUGAAUGGGACGUCUGUAAAAUGUUGUAUUAGAAGUUCUGGGUAUUAGUUGUUGAGGUUAUGAUGAGAAAAAACAUGAAUGUUUAUUUUUUGUUUUUUUCUGUAACAUACAGUAUGUUGAAAAUGUGAAACAUAAAUUGAGCUUUGUACUUAAAAAAAGAGCACAUGAACAAAACAAUAUUUUUGCUUAGUUUUAUAUAACACUCGAGAAAAUAGCCCCAAACAUAUAAGUGUAAUAAUCACGUAUACAAAGGGCAACAAUUUAAUACUCCCUGCAUUUAUCUACUUAGUCAAUUAUUCAAUGUGUGAAAUGACUCACUGCUGGUAAUGGCUUAGUAUUUUGCCUAUUCUUAGUCCUCUAGAAUGUAAAAUGUGGCACUUUGUUGCUUUGUGUUUGUAGAUCUUUAUGCUGCAUAUUAUCCAGAGCCAUACACUUACCUUUAAAAUGUCCCAAACACUGGAAGUUAAAAGAAAGAAAAAAAAUCUGCAACAGAGUACAAGCCUCUGCAACUGUCUCACACCUCUGUUGUGUCUUUACAAUCACAGUUUUCGUUAUUUCUCUGGGGAGAACUUACCUCAUAAGUUUCUUCCUCAUUUUUGAUCAGUACAAAGACACUGUUGGUUAUUCAGGUUGUAAUGUGCACCAUUGUGUCUGUAAAACAUUUGUUUUGUAAGCUUGGAUGUCUGUGGCACUUAAUAAAACUGAAUGAGCAGAUUGAUCCAACUGGGUAUCUGUCUGGUGUUCAGCUAAUGCCUGUUUCAUUGCCAUUUUCAGAGAACCAGUGUGAUGGUUACCCAUCUGCACCCUGUAAUAAUGUUACAUGGACCAUAAUAUGAAAGCAUCUUCAGGGUCAUUAACUGCUUAAUCAUCCCUGAAUGCAAAUCCCUUUUUUUUAAGAAAUUCAUAUGUAUUUUCUCUGAGAGGUUGCACAUAAUUUGGUACCUCAUAUGAGCAAAAUAUUUACUUUUACUUUCACUUUUCUUUCAAUUUUGAAAGAGAAUUGUUAGCAUUUCAUUUCAGUUUUGGAGCCGUAAAAUGCUAACAGCACAAUUACAACAGCACCUCAUGGAAAAUGUGAAAGCAGCUGUGUGUGGUAGUGUGUCCUGCAACUCCGUGUCUCGUUUCCAUUAAUCUGUGGAAUUCAAACCACAAAACUAUGUAGAAUAGUUGUAGAAAAUGACAGAUAAUCCAUAUAAUCUUUGCUAAUCUAUGCCUGAUAAGACACAUGUGACAGAGUCGAAACUUUAAACAACAGGUUUAUGCAGCACAGCAUGUAUCAUAUGGUUGCAUUACAUUUUGUGGCAAAGCCUCAAAAAGAUCAUAACAUGUACUCUUUUUUACGGAGCCCCUACGGAAAAAAGGUUUUCUCGAUAUCUUUUGCGGGCUCUCGCAAACCUAUUGCUAGAUCUUGCAAAGUUCUCAAAGGGUUAUAAGUAAAAAGAUUAUAGAUCAGUGUAUUUCUUCCGUGUCGAGUCAACCCAAUCGAUGGAACGCACCUGUAGAAGAGUUUCAUUGCGUCUUUGUAAGAUUGGCCUCAGAUAAAAAGAUCUUAAAUCAUUUCUGAAACACAGGCACUGUUUUCUAAUAAAACACAAGUCAUGGAAGAUGAUUUGAAAGAAUUACUAUGGUCAAGGGACGCCCAAAAACAUUACGUGUAUGCAAAGGGACAAGGUGGUCAGAAAAUGAGUUCAAAAUAAAAUCCAAUUAACCUUUCUCACGGCUGUGUAGGUUCCAAUAUUUUUGUUGAAUUGACAUGGAAGUAAUACACUGACAAUAACUUCUGUAACAUUUGCGACUCUCAAGAAUUUUUUUUUUUUAAUAUUAAUGUCCCUUCAGAGGCUCCAUAUCUUUUCAUUGUUUUUCUUGAAUGAAAUGAUGUUCUCAUUGUUGUGCUCCCUUGCUUUAAAUGGAGCCUCUGUGACAGAACAUCCUUCACCACGGGAUAUCACUAAUAAGGAAAAAACAAGGCGGCGGAGAAAUCUCCCACCAGUUGGAUUCCCCUCAGACUCUGGUUUUGCUGAUAACACACCAGUGAGGUACUUUUCCUGGCAUCAGAUCAACUCAAUGAUCCCUGUGAGGCCUGAAAGGAACAGCCUGUUUUCCCAGGGUUGACUGUGCUGUAAAUACCCAGCAUGUGGAUGUUUUUAGGCUAAUUUUAACGGUUAUGAAUGAAACAGGCAAAAAUAAAACUAAACUUCACCCACACGUUCCCCUUCUUCAUUCUUUAAUGUGAUAAAAAAAUUCUGAAAAAGAAAAAGCAUUUCAGAUACAACAACUGGAGGUAGAAACUGGUAAGAGUUAGGGUUAGGUCGGGGUUUCAUCAACAUGUGUUCUACUGGUUUGGAAUGGUAGUGUCAAGGUGCAACAAAACACAACAAAACAUGUAAAUCCACAUAUGCUAUCUUUUAAGUUGGGUUUUACUGGUUAACCCCAACAGCAUUUGUCAAAGUGGUGAACUUGGCAAACUCCCUGUAACAGCCUGAUAGCUGUGCUGCAAAUUCAGGAGACUGCAAAUGCAGGAACAACACAAAACUAAAAUCAACAUAAAUGUGCUGCUGAAAUAAAGCAACUAUGAGCAAAUAAUGCAAAGUGAGUGGGACAUGAACCCAUUAAUCACAGCUAUGCACAAUGAGCAGAUCAAGUCAUCAUACCCAAAGUGCUCCAGACCUGCAGGGGCGCCACUGGGGAUGGAUUUUGUAGAUAUUUGUUAUAAGACAAGUAAACAAACAAAAAUCAUUCAUAAGGAUGGCAUCAAGGUUUUAAGGCCCAAAAGUAGACAUGAUUUAAAUAGGUGUGCCGUGUCCUUUUCUGUCGUGAUUGUGUCAAUGUAACCCAUGACUAUUUGAUUGCUAACCUUUCUCCCUGUUUUCUGGUUUGGAUCAUAGUUCCUUCUUCUUCACCUUUUCACCUCCUGACCUCCCUGUGUGUUUUGAAGCUCCUGAGUUUAGAGCUGCUUCCUUGUUAAAAAACAGUUUUGUUUCAGUCAAUAGGUCACAUUGGUCAGUAACAACACACUCAGUUUGAUAGAUAUAAAACCACAUCUCUCCCUUGCAGUGUAAAUAACUGGGCUUUCCAGCUGUGUCCCGUCUCACACCUAAAGGCCAGCAGCACAGCCUAUAUAAUGACUAAAUCUACUGUGGUUUUCUAAGAAGUUCAUUUUAUGUUGUUCCAUCAGUGGUGUUUUCACAGCACAUCAGAUAUAAAUACACUUUUGCAUCAUGCUCUAGGCUCCAGCUGCACUGAGCUGUUUGUUACUUGCACUAUUGACCAAGACAGAUUUCCCCUCAGGGACACUAAAGCACAUCUCAUCUCCUUAGUUUCUGCUCCAUUUUUUUUUUUACAAAUUGACCAUAAUUCUGCUUAUUUUAGGUUGUUGUUUGUGUUCUGAAUGUGUAUCUUGUGGAUUUUGUGGUGUGUGUGUUUCAUAAAAAUCUUUCGGGUAUGGUAGCCUGUGUUCCCUCUUUGGUUAUUGAUACAAUCUCCCAGCAGCAAAGCAGUUACUUCUUGGUUUUAUGAAUAAUAGAGCAAAAGAUUUCUCUGGCAAUUAAAGCACCGGUGAGGAGUUUAAUUGGAAUUUAUACGAACUAAAAUGAACAGUGAGUCCUUAUUAUGAGCAAUAACAGCAAGCCAAACCAGCAAAAGUGUAGACUAUUCUUACACUUUCAUUUUUUAACACCUGGAGUGAGGGAGGUACAUGCAAGGGUUAUAAAGAACUACAAACAAUCAUGGUGUGUGUGAUGAAUUUGACCAUAAUAAAAGAAGGUUCUCUGGAUACUGUGAAAAUGCCAGAAAAUUAUAAUUUCGAGUGAUUAUGCUUCUGCCUCACAUAAUCCUCCGUAGUCCAUGUCAACAGACUUAAUUUUACUGAUCAAGAGAUAAUAGAAAAUGGAUUUGUAAUGAACACAUGACAAAGUCAGUUUAGUCAACACCCCGGGGACACAGAGAUAAAUCAGCCGUUAAAAAGGUUCCCAGCACAUCUCUGUGACACAAACAUCAGCUUCUGGAUGUUUUUGUAAUUGCCUUUAUUUUGUUUGGAGAACACAAACCCUUAAAUCUGUUGAAGCCCAUAAUUCAAAUAAACUGUGAUACUAUGGGGAUCAAGCUUUCAAAGCAAACACCGCUCUGCUGGCACAGGACAAAUAUAUUACAUUUUAUGCAAGGCACAACUCUGGGCACCAAGUCUUGAUGAUAUACAGAGCUUGUACUUGUAGGCAUUUAACAAAUUACAAUUUACCAUUGGUAGACAGACUGUCGCCUUGUUUUGAUAAAUGUACAGUGUCUGGAGAGAUUGCCACUUGAUUACUAGGACAUGAUUAGUGGCAUGUCUUUUGUAGAAACAUAAUUUCAUCAGAAUUUUGCAUGUAUUGGAGUGACAGUGUUUGCUUUCUUGUCAUAAGCUUGGGCAGGGUUAGUACUAAUUCUCAAAGACUGACUAAAAUGAGGUAGUCGUGUCAGUGUUCAAGAUUAAUUUAUGAUCAUGUGUUAGUAAACAUACAAGAUCAAGAUCGUCUUUAUUUCAUGCAAAGACAGAAUGAUGCAGAAAUAAUGAUCA